CCCAGUGCAGCCCGGUGCAUGCGGCUGUGCAUCCCGUGUGUGCAUGGCUCUGCAUGCACGUGCAACCGUCGGCGGGGCUGGACACGGCCGGCCGGGGCUCGGAGGGUCAAGAAGUAUUUUGAAACACUGAAGCAAUGUCUGGAGCUCCAAGAAACUGACAAACGAGAAGUCUGAUAAAUGAUGGGCGUAAUCUAAUGUGGACAGUUUACUUACACUCCACGAGAUAAAUUACUUCUCCCUUUCCUUCUGACCUACCGCCCGGCAGAACACAUCACCAGCAUCCAGAACAACAUAACCUUACAGUGUACUCUCCCAAGCACUUAGCACAGUGCUUUGCACGCUGUAAGCGCUCGAUGACUACGAUUGAAUGAAUAAGCCGUGCCGAGAGCAGAAUGGAAAUCCCCGGCAUUUUGUAAUAUCUCCCGGAUCUCGGAUAUGUUGAAAAAUCACCAGAGAAAGAUCACCACCCAGAAACGGAGAAGAAACUGAUAUUUCAUUCAUUCAUUCGUAUGCAUUGAGUGCUUACCGUGUGCAAAGCACUGUACCGAGCGCUCGAUAUUUCAAAUGAGGUCAUCGUCCAGUGGGCCAACGACGCGCUCCAACCCGCGGCCGAGGUGAGACGGAACGAACGCCAAAUGAUCAAAGUGGAUCAGCUUUGCCAGGGAAAGAGAACUGUCCCUGCCCCGACUUGAUAGGUCGAAGCGAGGCUUUCCACGGUGCCGGAAAAGGACGGUGAAGCCAGAAGAAGUGAAGCCCGUCUCCCGUAGCAGGAGCUACUGUUGUCGCAGCUGUCGGACGGCCAGGGACCGGGGUCCCGGGAGAGACCCCAGCCAUGGAAAGCCCGGGGGAAUCGUGUGCCAGUCCGGAGAGCGGCGGGGAGAGCGGGACGCCUGGGGCCAGCCCGCCGCCGGCGAGUCGAGGCGUCUGUCCCGGGGGUGACCGGGACCCCGUCCAGGGGGCGGACGACGACGAUGACGAUGACGACGCCACCGAGCCGCCGCCGGAGCAGGAGGAUCAGGAGGAAGAGCUGGGCGAGGUGAUGGAGGGCCAGGAGCCCGACGUGGUGAUCGAGGUGUCGGGCCGGCGGGUGCGGGCGCACAGGGCGGUGCUGGCCGCCAAGAGCGACUACUUCAGGGCGCGCCGCUCGCGGGAGGUGGUGCGGGUGAAGGGGGUGAGCUGGGCGGCCCUGCGGCUGCUGCUGGGCUACCUGUACAGCGGCCGGCUGGGCCCCGUGCGGCCGGACACGGCGGCCGAGCUGGUGGGCGCCGCGCGGGUCCUGCAGGUGCCCUGUGCCCUGCCCCGCGCCACCGACGCCCUGCGGGCCCACCUGGGCCUGGACAACUGCCUGCAGCUGCUGACCCUGUCCAAGGAGCAGCGGCUCCGCGACCUGCGGGAGGCCGCCUACCGCUUCAUGAGCGACCACUUCCUCCGCGUGCUGCGGGAGCCCAGCCUGUACGGCCGCCUGGGCGCCCAGGAACGGGACCUCAUCCUCCGCCGCCGGACGGACGGGGCCCGCCCGUGCCUGCUGCUCGCGGACCUGCCCGACUGGGCCUCGGAGCCCGGGACCCGGAGCCGGCCGCAGAGCCCGCCCCAGGACCACCCCUCGGACGCCGGCGCCCGCAUCUUCGCCUUCCGGCCGGACUCCCGGGAAUGGCGCUACCUGACCCGCCUCCCCGAAGGGGCCGGCGGUCGGGGCUGCGCCCUGGGCGUCCUCUACAACUACCUGUUCGUGGCCGGGGGCAUCCUGCCCGGCGGGGAGGGGGACGGGGCCUCCGGCGGGGGUCCGUCGGACAAGGUCUUCUGCUACAACCCGGCGGCCGACGACUGGAGCGCCGUGCGUCCCAUGCUGCAGGCCCGGGCCCAGCUGCGGCUGCUCGCCCUGGACGGCUACCUGUACGCCGUGGGCGGUGAGUGUCUGCUGAGCGUGGAGCGCUACGACCCCCGCGCCGACCGCUGGAGCUCCGUGGCCUCGCUGCCCCGGGGCGCCUUCGCCGUGGCCCACGAGGCGGCCACGUGCCGCGGGGCCGUCUACGUGUCCGGCGGCUCCCUCUUCUACCGCCUGCUCAAGUACGACCCGCGCCUGGACGAGUGGCAGGAAUGCCCGGCCGGCGGCGGCGGCGGCGGCGGGCGUCACCGCCGCUCCGCCGACAUGGUGGCCCUGGACGGCUCCCUCUAUCGCUUCGACCUGGCCGGGGCCGGCGGCCCCGGAGCCGGCGGGGGCCCCAGCGUCGACGUUUCCCGCUACCACUGUCUGGCCAAGCGCUGGACCCCCUGCGCCGCCGACCUGCGGCUCCCCGGAGGCCCGCCGGGCCCGCUGACCUUCCGCUGCGCCGCCCUGGGCGGGGCCAUCUACUGCGUCGGCCGGGCCGGGGCCUGGCGCUUCCGCCCGGGCCCGGACGACGACCGGCCCGGUGCCCGCGAUGGGGACCGGCGGGCCGGCUUCGAGCCCGAGCCCCUCCCCGUGCCCGGCGACGCCAGGGGCGUCCUCCUCCCCUUCGUCCUCGCCCUGCCCGACCGAGACCGGCUGGACUCUGGCGGAGAGGCCCCUGGGAGCGGGCAGUGAGGAGACGGGCCCUCGUCCGGCCAGC